CUUCGGUUUUUUUAUAAUCAGUCCAGUUGCCAAGUCUUUCUUUGUUUGUUCUUUUAGGGAGAACAGCUGAAAGAUCUUCCUUUUUCCUAUUUCUUUUGUGUUCUAGUCUCAUGCCAUGUUCCUGCUAAUUACUGUUGAUUAGCAAACAGCUUGGCAAUUAAUCCUGGCAAGUUAGUCAUCAGUUUGAUAGCACUGCACGUCAUCCAAAAGGUAGGGGGAAUUUAUUGUUAGUUUCAGACAAUUAGCAAGGGGCUGGCAGAGCUCACAACUGCCUAAAAGCUCAGUGUUCCAGAACUGCUGAGAUAAAUUACUGAAUCAAUUAAAUCACAUCAGUGGAUGUCUGCAAGCAUAUUUAAAGCUAGCAAACAAGCUACUGAGAAUUAGGGGGAGGAGAAAGACUAGCAGGAGGGUUUUUUGGUGUUGUGUUUGGUGGUGUUUUUCUUAAGCUGUUGGAGUUUGUUCUGUUCUGCCAUUAACGUUAGUUAAAUAUAGCUAAAAGCUGGUGUUGACUUAAAGCAAAAAAAUCUGGUAAAGAGUAAGAACUAAAAUGACUUUCCUUCCAAAGUGGUUAACUUUUCUGAAAGGCAAAGAAGUUGUUAUUGCUAAUGCUAUAAUUGCAAUACUGACAAUUGGUGGGCAGCAGCUUUUCUCUUUUUUCACGUUCAGCUGUCCCUGUCACGUUGGACAGAACCUUAUUUAUGGGCUGGCUUUCCUAGGAGUUCCUGCACUGAUCCUUCUGAUUGUUGGCUAUGCCCUGAAUAACCAGACUUGGAGGCUGGUUACAGGCAAAAGAUCUCAUUUUGAGAAGGUGACUAACCGGUUACUGAAAUGCAAAUUGAUCUGCUUUGUUCUGUGUAGCAUCACUGGGAGAGCACUGGUUGCUCCAGUAACAUGGCUAGCAGUCACCCUGAUAAAUGGCUCAUAUUAUGUCUGUGCUGUGAGUGAGUAUGUCCCCACGUAUUAUUAUGGAGCUAAUCCUAAUGUUACUGCUAGUGAACACAGAAGGAUACUGGCUACGUUUCCAUGCAGUCAGUUAGUUCCACCAGAGAUGACUCGGGCAAGAGAUGAAGUGAUUCUCCUACUCCGAUACCAGUCACAAGUGGCUGGCUGGCUUCUGAUUGCUGUGGUAGUCAUCACUGUCUUCCUGUCUUACUGCCUGGCAAGCUGUUUCUCCCCACUCAGCUUUCUACACCUCAGAUACUGGAGCAGCUAUGUCCACAAUGAGCAGGAGCUCUUUGAUGAGGCAACGGAGCAGCACUCCAGGCUCUACGCCAUGCAGCAUGUAAGGAAGUUUUUUGGCUUUGUCCCAGGAAGUGAAAAUGUAAAGGAAAUUCGCAUCCCAUCUCUCAGAGAGUGGCAAGCCAUUUCUGGACUGGCCUUUCUAAAACAAGUGGAUGAGGAGCACUAUGAUUAUAGUCUCCUCCAUGACUGGGCACUCAAGGAACGUGCAAAUGGAAAAUACUUGAAGACUGAUGAAGACCCUUUGAUCAAAACACAGCUCUGAGGAUCCAAGCCACCACACCACCUUGCAGAAAUGCAGGACCCUGUCUAGGUCUGUAUCAGACCUGAGCUGCUCUGGAACUUUCCAAUGCAUUAUUACAUUGAUAUAUAAAGUAUGUGAGCAAGUACAUCUUGUUAAUGCAGUCCUUUAGCACACACUUACAGAUGCCUUUACUGACGGCAUCUGACUCCUAUGGGAUGUGAUCUAUGUCUAGAUUAGGGUGGGCUGUUUCAAGCUGCAGCUCUCUGCUUUCUAAUAGUUAUGCUAAAAGGAUAAAUAUGUACUGGGAAAGUUAUUUGCAGAUGCUUUUUUAAAAACUUUUUUCUUCCCAUUAAAAAGAUUUUUAAUAGCUAAACUUUGACUGGAUCCUCUGAGUUAGUGCAUUCUGUAUAGAGCAAAAGCAGCGAUUCAGCUUUUUUCUUAGUGAGCCCUAGCAGAAAUUAUUUAUGUCUCCUCUUCCACUUUUUUUUUUGUAUUGUAUGAAUAAAGUACACUGAGCUAACUAACUACAAGUUAAGUCUGGCUACAGGAGCACAGAAGAAACAUAGGGGAAAUCUUAUUGUCAAAGGCUGAGUCUAGAUACAAUGAUGAGAGAACUUUCAAUUCUGGUAAGGAGAGAAAAUUCCCACUGAGGCAGAGGAUGGAGGUGUCUAACAUGGAGCAGCUGUAUGAGCAAACACUUGACAUUUGGUAAACUGAGUUGAAAGGUGUUCUGGCUGAAAGCAAUAGCAAGAUCAGUCUCAUUUUUAGAAACACUUCAAAAUUUCUCAGGUGUUUAUGGCUUGCCCACUGUACAAAUAGCAAAUCAAGAUAGGAAAAAAAAUCUCCUUUGUGCAGUAAGGUUUGCUUUGCCUGCAAAGAUCUUGUAAUUUAGACAUACCACUGGGCCCACGAAUGUUAUUGUGAUUAGAAACUACUGAAUUUAGUGAAAGAAGGAUUAAUGAUGUUUUUGUGUUAAUUCAGUGUGGCAUGAUGUGAUGUUACUCAUCUCCUCUCUAACUCCUUGUGCAAAUGUUUCUAACUCUAAAAGGGGUUGGGGGAAAAUGCAUACCAUAAUUUUUCUUAAUACUUCCUGUAUUGCCUUGUAAUGUACAUAUACACAUGUUGUAUACUCCAAAGCUAUAUGCUAAACUAUGGGAUGCUAUCUGUUAUUAAUAAAUGACCCCUGGUGGUUGAGGAGGAGAAAU